AUGGAGCGCUGGGUGGCGGCCGGCUGGUCGGGCUGGGGCGGCUUGUGGCGGGCCGGUUGGCCCGCCUGGGAGCUGCUGGCUGCCUGCGCCGUCAUCGGCGCGCUGGGCUGGUUGCUGCGGCUGCUGGAGCGAGGCCCGCGCGGUGGCGGAGUUGGAGGCCCGAGGCCCAUCGCGACGCCUCCUGAGGAGAAGAAUCCGCCUCCUCCGCGCUGCCUCGACCGCUGCGACGGAGAUGAGAGGCCUUUCCUCCCCGCCGCCGCCUUCCCACUCCUUUCCCCCAGCGCCGCCUCCCUGCCAGGGAGGAUAACGAUGGAUGAAAUCUUCUCCCGGUUAAAACAACUGACCCCAGAUGAGCUGAGAGAAGAGAUAGUCAAAGCCGGCCUGAAAUGCGGGCCCAUCACCCUGACCACCAGGUCCAUCUUUGAAAAAAGAUUGGCCCAGGCUUUGUGGGAGCAGCAAGGACCUUCCGUGGCCACGGCCCCCUUUUCGAACGGCAUUCCUGGAACCGCUGCGGCGGAUGGGAACCAGCCAGAAUCGGGAAAAACAAACGGCCACCUUGCCUCUCCUGAGGAGAGUGAUUUUGGCUACAGCAUGGGCCUGAACCCUCCCGAGGAGGAAUCCCUGAUGCGUGAAGCGAACGGCUCUCCCCUUCAUUCCCAGAACCCCUCCAAGGAGCCUCUUUUUGACUUAAAAUUGACCGAAAGGGUACAUGUUUACGAGGACAAAAAAGAAGCUUUGCAAGCUGUAAAAAUGAUUAAGGGGUCACGUUUUAAAGCGUUCUCAAACAGAGAAGAUGCAGAGAAAUUUGCCAAAGGCGUAUGUGAUUACUUCCCAUCUCCAAACAAGUCUACAGUCUCUCUGUCUCCUGUCAAAGUCUGUUCGGUCUUCGGUAGAGAUGGCUUGUGCUCUCCUGAACUGGAAACGGUCAGUAAGGAAAGAGCCAACAGUUACAAAAGUCCUCGCACCCAGGAUUUGACUGCAAAGCUUCGGAAAGCCGUGGAGAAAGGAGAUGAAAGUGCUUUCUUAGAACUCAUCUGGAGUAAUCCUCGCUAUCUCAUCGGCUCUGGAGACAAUCCGACGAUUGUCCAGGAGGGGUGUCGAUACAACGUCAUGCACGUGGCAGCCAAAGAGAAUCAACCCGGCGUUUGCCGGCUGCUGUUGGACACUCUGGAAAACCCUGAAUUUAUGCGUCUGAUGUAUCCUGACGAUGACACCGUCAUGUUGGAGAAGCGCAUCAGUUACAUAGUGGAUCUUUAUCUGAACACGCCAGAUAAAAUGGUAUUUGAUACUCCGCUGCACUUCGCUUGCAAGUUUGGGAAUCCAGAUGUGGUCAGUGUUCUUGCUUCCCAUCCGGGCAUCGUAAAGAAUCCCAAAAAUAAAUACGGUCAAACUCCAGCAGAUGUAAUCUGUGAAAGGAACAAAAAUAAAUCAGCAGAUCUGAAAACAAAAAUCAGGGAACACUUAGAAGGCCAGUGUUACGUGCCUCUCUUCAGAGCGGAAGACAACGCCACUUCCCCCGUGAUUGGCGCCCCCUGGUCCCCAGAUCAAACGGAGAGCAGCCCGCUCGCUUCUUUGCCCAGAUACCUCGGCAGCCCCAAGGAUCCAAUGCUGACAGUGAGGGCGUACGCAGGGCCGCUGAGUCCGUCCAAGGCAGAAGAUUUCCGCAGGCUUUGGAAGACUCCACCUCGCGAGAGGGCGGAAUAUUUCUACCACCUCCGAAAAUCCGAUUUGGAGAGAGGGGUCGAGCGAGUUGGAAGGGAGUUGGCUCAUGAGCUGGGGCACCCCUGGGGCGAAUACUGGGAAUUCCUGGGCUGUUUUGUUGACCUGUCUUCCCAGGAGGGGUUGGGGCGGCUAGAAGGCCACCUGAGUCAACAGCAGGAAAUGAGCAGUAAUGCUCAGCUCGGAGAAAAUGAGGCCCACAACAAACCUCCCCAGGCUCAUG